UACAGCCUGAGGCUGCAUAUGUCUCAGGUGUGCUGUUACCUGCCCAGAUGUGUUCUUUCUUUUGCGAUGGAGGCAGAAGUAGAGUAAGAAGAAUUUGCUAGAGAUCUGUGGAAUCUACCUGACCAGCCUCAGCACAACAUGAUCUUUCACUUUUUCAUCGUUUGUCUCUCUGCAGCUUUCCUUCCAGCAGUUCACCUUCAGGACUACAACGACUUCCAGGACCCAUGCCCCAUCAGCUCCUGUAACCCCCAGCUGGGUGACCUGUUGGUGGGUCGUGCUGCUCAGCUCUCAGCGUCAUCCACUUGUGGUCUGGAUGGACCACAAAAUUACUGCAUCAUCGGAUAUCUGGAGGAGAGGCAGAAAUGUUUCAUAUGUGACUCUCGGCUACCAUAUCAUCGCUACAACAGCCCAAACAGCCACCGUAUUGAGAAUGUCAUCACAAAUUUUGACCUCGAGAGAAAGCUGAAGUGGUGGCAGUCGGAGACUGGAGUUCAUAAUGUCAGCAUCCAGUUAAAUCUGGAGACUAUGUUCCAGUUCAGUCACCUGGUCCUCAGGUUCAAGAGUUUUCGGCCAGCAGCCAUGUUGGUGGAACGAUCAAGGGAUUUUGGGCGAAGUUGGACAGUUGUCCGUUACUUUGCAGAAGACUGUUCUCUUCAUUUCCCUUCAGUGUCGACUGCGCCCGCCAGGAGCAUCGAUGACGUUGUCUGUGACAGCAGAUACUCUGGAUCAGAACCAUCCUCAGGUGGAGAGGUGGUGCUGAAAGCUCUGGAUCCUGUCUUUAAAACAGAAAACCCUCAUGCACCGAACAUCCACGAUCUGACCACCGUGACAAACAUUCGGGUGAACUUCACACGUCUUUUCACACUUGGUGACACACUGCUGAGUCGAAAACGCAGGAACCCUCAGGACAAAUAUUACUAUUCUGUUUACAACAUGGUGGUUCAAGGAAGCUGUUUCUGUAACGGACACGCCAGCCAGUGUGUGCCCAUGGCUGGAGUCCACGGGGACGUUUUCACCCAGCCUGGCAUGGUAUGGACAUGUAACUGCGAUCCAGCUGGUUCACGUGGCGGCGGUCAGUGUGACGCUCUGAGCGGUCAGUGCGUAUGCAAAGAAAAUGUGGAGGGUCAACGUUGUGAUCGCUGCAAACAUGGCUUCUUCAGCCUGAGGCAGGAUGACCCCACGGGUUGUCAGGCGUGCAGGUGUCAUCCUUUGGGGAGUGUUGGGCCAUGUGAUCAGCUAACAGGAACUUGUGAAUGUGACCCAAUGGCAAGUGGACCGCUGUGUGAUCGGUGUCUGCCAGAUUUCUGGGGUUUGGGAAACUCUGUGUUCAGAUGCUCACCUUGUAACUGUGAUAUUGGCGGAGCUCACGGCAGCACGUGUUCUCCAGAGGAUGGACAGUGUCGCUGUUUACCCAACAUGAUUGGUCGGCGAUGCUCUGACCCUGCACCUGGGUACUUCUUGCCUCCACUGAAUUAUUUCCUCUAUGAGGCUGAACUCACUUUCCCACUGCUAGGAGGAAGCGGGUAAACUUGGACUUCCCCCUUGCUGAACCCAGGAGGGUUACCUCAGUGUGAGCAGUACUUCAAAGAGCAAGGUUUUGACACUAAGUUCCAAAAUGGACGAAUUAUUUUAGUUCGGCGGGCUCGCCAACUUGCCCAGCAACAGAACAUGAGAAAGAGAUUGCAAACCAGCAUACCUCUGGUCCCUGGUUACACCCUGCAAAUUAUUCCCCGUCAAAGGGCAUCUCACCAGCCAGUAACCUGGACUGGCCUAGGAUUGGUCAGAGUGUUCGAGGGGGUGGGGCUUAGAUUUACUGUGGACAACCUCCCAUCUUCGACUGAUUACCAGCUGGCGAUUUCCUAUGAACCAGAGUCUGCAUCUGAUUGGAUGGCUAUAGUCAGUAUCGGCAAAGUGUCACCAGGCGAUGGAGGCUGCAGCAGCAAUCCAACAGGAAGUAAAACUGUGAUUCUACCUGGAAACUCCAGACGAGGUAUUCUGGACUCUUUGCUAUGUCUAAAUGCUGGAGGUCAAUAUUUUGUGGAUAUCACCUUUUACAAACAGCCCAGAUCUGAUAGUUCACACAUCCUAAUUGACUCGAUUAGUCUUUUUAAUAGAAUCGGGUCAGUCCAAAAUUUCUGCUCUCAGAGCGACCUCGACACUUUUCACUGUACUGGAUUGGCUGUCAAGCCUGGCCCUCAGGAGUCGCUACCUGAAGUCUGCGAGGGACUCAUCAUGAGCCUUUCAGCACAAAUCCACAAGGGAGCUGUCCUUUGCAGGUGUAAUGUUAUUGGCUCUACUGGACCAUCCUGCAGUAAACUGGGUGGGUUUUGUGACUGUAAGGCCAAUGUGAUUGGUCGUUGCUGCGAUGCCUGUGCCCCAAUGACGUUUGGCUUUGGACCUGAAGGCUGCAAACGAUGUGAUUGUGACCCCCAUGGCUCUGUGUCAGAGCUGUGCGAUCAGGUCAGCGGUCAGUGUGCAUGCCGUUCAGAGAUUACGGGUCAGCGCUGCAAACGCUGUCAGAUGGGAUUCUGGGGAUUCCCUUCAUGUCGAUCGUGUGAAUGUAAUGGGCUAUCAGAGGUGUGUGAUGGAUUUACCGGAGACUGUCUGAACUGCAGGGAGCACACUACUGGACCCAGCUGUGAAAGGUGUGUUGAGGGUUACUAUGGUGACCCAAUCUCCAGACAGGCCUGUCAGCCAUGUUUGUGUCCAGAUGUUCUGAGCAGUGGACGAUUCUUCGCCACUUCCUGUCAGCAUGACCCACAGUCCCUCAGGCUCAUCUGUAAGUGCCAGGAGGGGCACACAGGUGUAAGCUGUGACAGCUGCAGCCCUGGUUUCUAUGGUGAUCUGACAUUGCCAGGUGCAGUCUGUAAAGAGUGUCCCUGCAACAACAACAUCGACCCUGAUGAUCCCAACUCAUGUAACAGCACAACAGGAGAGUGUCUACGCUGCCUUCACAACACAAUUGGCCUGCACUGCCAACACUGCAAACCUGGCUACCAUGGCAACGCCUUAACCCAGGACUGCAAAGAAUGCUCCUGUGAUCGACGGGGGACUCAGGAGACUCGGUGUCCUCUGGGGAGACCCUGUUUCUGUGAUCCGAGGACAGGACAGUGUCCCUGUAGGACAGGUGUGAUAGGUAAACUCUGUGAUGAAUGUGAGGACGGAUACUGGAAUCUGAACAUAGCCUCGGGAUGUCAGCCCUGCAGAUGUGACCUCAUCAAAUCUAUCUCCAACAUCUGUGACAAGGUAACUGGACAUUGUCCAUGCCAUCCUGAGUUUGGAGGAAGGCACUGUGACGAAUGCAGAGAAAAUCAUUUUAGGAAUCCAGACCUGCAGUGUAUCUCUUGUGACUGCAACCUGGAGGGAACCAAACAACCAUCAUGUGACCCUGAGACUGGCAAGUGCAUCUGCCGGGCGGGUGUAAGCGGUAUAUUCUGUGAUGAGUGCACGCCCGGCUUCAAUACAUUAUUCCCAGCCUGUGAACCGUGCCAUCCCUGCAACGCACUCUGGACUCAAAUUGUCACUGAUGUCCAGCGAGCUGCCCAGAAAAUGAGGACACUUAUCCCUCAUAACAAUGUACAGUCCACAGAUAACCAGCACCUGCAGGAGAUGAUGAACAUGCACUCUAUGCUGGACAGCCUGGCCAACCUGAGAGUAAUCUCCCCACCAAGCAUGGAGAAACUGGAGAAAAUGUCUUUGAGGGUUAGGAAGGCGAAAGAUGCCAUCGACACAAAUGUGAUCCUGAUGGACAUGUCUCCCCUCUUCAACACUGAAAUUGACGACAUUCAUCUAGAAAUCAUGAACCUUAAGAAAAAACUCACCAGUGUGCCAACUAAUAACGUAAAUGACCAACAGAAAGCGCGUGUCUCAUCUGAACCUGUUGUAGAGCUGUUGGAUGAGAUACAGACGCUUUACAGAUUCUUCAUGUUGGAGGAUGAGAGGGUGGGAAAUGUCGGCAAAGCUGUAGAGGACUCCAUAGACACCAGACAGGAAGUCAAACACAAACUGAGCAUGUGCAAUACAGGAGACCUUGCACUGCUGAAGAAGAAGGUCACAGAGCUGAGUGUGGUUCAGCUCAAACAGAAGGUCUGUGGCGAUCCAGGUUUGGAGGACUCUUCAGGGUGUACUGGAGCUCUUUGUGGGAGUGAUCUGGGGAAAAGGAAGUGCGGAAGUCCAAACUGUAAAGGAGCUGUUCCUGUCAGUGAGAAUGCUUCAAAGACUGCAGAGAAGCUGAAAGACCAGCUCGUGAAUUUGCCUUCCAGACUGCAGGACACCAAGAACAAGAUCAAUAAUGCCAGUGAGAUGACUUGGGAUGCCAAAAACUGGGCCAGAGAUCUGCAGGACCAGAUCAACAACAAUACAAACUCGUGUGAGAGAGAGAAAAACAAAACCAGAGAGCUUAUUCAGCAAGUCAAAGACUACCUGAUGGAUGACAUGGUUCCUCCAAAGGACAUUGAGAAAAUGGCACAAGCAGUUUUGAGAAUCGAGCUCCCACAGUCACCUGCUAACAUCCAGUCCAUGAUCAGUAACGUCAACAAUUUGUUGAAAAAUGCCACCAGAUUCCUGGAGGACUUAAAGAACCUGGACAAGCAAGCCAAGCCAGCCAUAGACCUGCAGCAGGAAGCUUUGGAACUCAAGGAGCAGAUGGAGAACACUGAUGUGAAGAAGAUCAUUCAGGAUAUUUAUGAAGCAGACAAAGCUCAGGCCAAAGCUAACGACCUCUUGGAGAGAGUGAGCAGAAACAAAGAUGAGACCAAAGACAGGAUCCGAGAUGCUGAAGACACACUGGACAACAUCGAGGCGAGGCUCAUGAUUCAGACCAAAGACCUGCAGAAAGAGAUUGAAGCUAUGAAGGACAAAACUGAAGAGAACAGAGAGACAGCAAGAGAAGCCAGAGAGGUGGCAGAGAGCGCUUUAAACAUGACCACUGAUGCAGAGACGGAGCUCAGUGAUGUCACUAAGCAGUUUAAGGUUUUAAAGCAAAAUCAACAGAAUCAGGAGGUCAAGGGUCAAGCUGCUGGUCGACUGAAGAACAUCAUGACGGAAGCUGAGGACAUGAAGAGACAAGUGGAGGACAAACUCCAGCAGAUACAAGACAUGGAGCAGAAGAUCCAGCAGCUGCUUCACAGAACAAACCAGAAAGCUGCUGAAGUGUCCGACCUGCUGGAGACGGCUGAGUCAAUUCGACAGGAAAUCUCCACUCAACUAUACACUGACUGUACUGGAUAAAUAUACUGUGAUAAAUACCAGUGAGUACUGCAAACAGCAGUGCUGCCCAGAAUCUGCUGUAGCUGAAUUUAAUCAGAAUCUUAUUCACUGUUUGUACCUUUUUUUCCUUUGUUUCAAGUUUUCAAACUUUUCAAAGUUUUUCUGAUGAGGUUUUGAGUUGUUUUUAAAUACAGUAUGCUACAAUAGAAAUGCCUUUAGAAAUAU